UUUUGAAGAAAAUUAUGGGAGCUAUUGUUGCAGGACUACUAUGUGCAGGAGUACUGUAUGAGGGAGUAAGGAAUGGGAAGAUUGAUGGUGCUAUUGAGGCUGUGAAGGAGGUGAUGAAAAAGGAGAUGGAGAGAGCAGGAGAGGAGAGAAAGGCUCAAGAGGAGAGAGGGAAGAGGACUGAAGAAGUUAAGAGAAAGGAAAUUGAGCUGCUGAGGAAAGAGCAAGAGCUAAGUGAAAAGAUUAUGGAGGUAAUAGCUGAAAGGUAUCCAGAUUGCUUGACUAAGAUCAAGAAAGUAGCAAAUGAGAAAAAAAGAUUGAAGAAAGCCAGGAAACUUUCUGACCAACAGAUUGAUCAAAAUCCAUUAAAAAUCGAAGCCAAACUUCUUUUAGAACUAGAUACAUCAUCAAAGAAGUACACUAAACUCUCUAUCUCAGAGCCAACAGCAAGCUCCGAAGACGAGUCCCCCUCAAAUCCUCUCCCCAAAACCCCAUCAAAAAAGCCUCAAAGCCCCACUCAAAAUCCCGAAAUCCUAUCCUUCACUGUCUAAUCUCC